AGAGGCGGAGAAACGUGUUUGCAGAGAGAGGUUACGAACUCUGACCCUCCCUGGAGCUGCAGCAACCCGCAGAAACAUACAUUUUUAAAAUUAAAUAUUAGCUGACAAAAAACUUCAAAUUCAGGAAGUGCCAAUGAAUGACCGUCAUGACGACUGUGGAAGAACUGGUGCGUCAGAUAGUUGAACAGCAAGUGGUAGAGGUCUCUUCAUCGCACGGGGGUAUCAACCAAGGGGCUGCAAUAGGACGACACGUAAUGGAUAGCACGGGACAAAGAUUACAGAUUGUUCCUGCAGACAGUGGCAUGGCCUUAGCGCAGCACAUACAGAUUGUCACAGACCAGCAAACGGGCCAGAAAAUUCAGAUUGUAACGGCUCUUGAUCAGGCAUCAGCGGGGAAGCAGUACAUCCUGACCAAUUCUGGUUCUACGCCGGGCAAGUUGAUCUUCGCCAGGCAGGACCACUCGCAGGGAAAAGUCAUCUUGGCCACGCCUGAUGGAACCGGCGUCAACCAGCUGCUUUUUACUUCAUCUGACAUGGCGACACAGCAGUUCCAGAUUGUGACAGAUUCAGGAUCAGCAGAGCUAUCCCCAUCAAAACCUGUAAUUGAAUAUUGUGUGGUGUGCGGUGACAAGGCAUCGGGGCGCCACUAUGGGGCAGUGAGCUGUGAAGGCUGCAAGGGGUUCUUCAAAAGAAGCAUCAGGAAGAACCUUGUGUACACCUGUAGAGGGACCAGGGACUGCGUCAUCAACAAACACCACCGUAACCGUUGCCAGUACUGCCGGCUGCAGCGGUGUGUUGGCUUUGGGAUGAAACAGGACUCUGUUCAGUGUGAACGGAAGCCAGUUGAAGUUUCCAGAGAAAAGUCGAUAAACUGUGCAGCCUCCACGGAAAAGAUUUACAUCCGAAAGGAUCUGCGCAGUCCACUGGCCGCCACUCCCACAUUUGUAACUGACAAGGAGACUUGCAGGUCCACAGGUUUGCUGGAUCCAGGAAUGCUUUUGAACAUUCAGCAGCCUUUCCCAAAGAUUGAGAAUACAAUGACGAUGUCAUCACCUGAAAAGAGCGACUCAUACGAAGGUGAUUUAAGCACACUAGCGAAUGUGGUCACAUCACUUGCACACCUCAGCAAGUCAAAGGUUUUGAACGACAGCAACGCAGACUUGUCAACAAUGGAGACCUUAAGUAACGGCGUUAGUUCUAUGACUGAAAUACAACAGGGAGAGCAAUCAACAAGUGAAAUCACGAGGGCCUUUGAUACACUUGCAAAAGCACUGGACCCAGCCGAGCAUCUCCCAGCUGAACAUGUAGAGUCCAACAUGCAGCUGGUGUCAGGAGAUCAGUCUGGAAGCAUUAUAGAAAUUGAAGGUCCUAUUCUAAGUGAUGUCCAUGUCGCUUUUAAGCUUACAAUGCCUUCACCCAUGCCUGAAUACCUUAAUGUUCACUACAUCUGUGAAUCCGCAUCAAGACUUUUGUUCCUGUCUAUGCAUUGGGCACGCUCUAUUCCUGCUUUCCAAGCACUGGGGCAGGACAACGAAAUAACUUUGGUGAAAGCAUGUUGGAAUGAACUCUUUGCAUUGGGCCUAGCACAGUGUUCACACGUUAUGAAUGUGGGCACAAUUUUAACUGCCAUUAUAAAUCAUCUCCAGAGCAGUUUACAACAAGAUAAAUUAUCAGCAGAAAGGGUCAAAAUUGUAAUGGAGCACAUCUGGAAGAUGCAAGAAUUCUGUAACAGCAUGGCUAAUCUGUGUCUGGAUUCUUACGAAUAUGCAUACCUGAAAGCUAUUGUUCUCUUUAGCCCUGAUCAUCCAGGCAUUGAUAAUACUCUUCAGAUUGAGAGGUUCCAAGAAAAGGCAUACAUGGAAUUACAAGAUUAUGUCACCAGAACCUACCCAGAAGAUACUUACAGAUUAUCAAGGCUCCUUCUGAGGCUACCGGCAUUGAGACUGAUGAGUGCAGCCAUCACAGAAGAAUUAUUCUUUGCUGGCCUCAUAGGAAAUGUACAGAUCGACAGCAUCAUCCCCUAUAUUCUGAAAAUGGAAACCGCAGACUAUAACAGCCAGAUAAUUAGUUCUUCGCUUUAAGUGUAGCAAGUAGAUCAAAUAGGCUACCAGCAAAUUUAGAAUUUGUACAUACAUGCAUUGUUUAAAAAUACAGUUAAAAACUGAACAGUUGUUGCAAUUGAAAUAAACCUGGCUUUUACCUAUUGAAGUUUUUUUUUAUUAUUAGCGCCUCUUUGUACAGUACUUUUUUUUUUUUCCUUUUUUGGGGGCUGAUUUGUAGUCUGAAAUACAGGCAAGCUUUUUAAGAAAAACUAUUCCAUCUUGUUUCACCUAGUUUCCUGCCUGUUAUCUGAUUGAACUACUUAGUUUGGUUCAUGUGACAGAUAAUUUUGAUGUGAACAAGUAUACAGCUGAUAAAUAUAAUGCUUGAAAACCAGAAUAGAAAAAAGUAUUUAGAACUAAGGAACAUAUUCGAGUUUUAAUUGGUGUGUUCCAUAUAUAAUAGUUUAAUGCUUAUGAUUACUGUGUAUUUGGAUUGUUGGCAAAAAUAAACUUCCUGAGAUCUUUGUAUGUAAUAUAGCCACCUUGAGCCAUAACUUGUACCCCCCAUUAUGACUGUAAAAUAAAUGUAAAAUAAAAAUAGAAUUCCUAAUACCUUAAAGGUAUUUUCAGGCUGUAAUACACGUGCACUUUAAAAUCUGUUUUCUUUUCUUAUGGGAACAUGUAAAUGCUGAUAGAGGUGGUGACAGUACAUUAUAUAUCACUGCAGAUAUGCUUAAAUUCCACUGGCUAGGCACAUUUUAUUUUGCGGCUCAUUUCUUCUUCGGUACGCUAUCAUGGACUGGAAUACAUAUUUAUUAAAGUGGGGCUUUUUGUUAAUCCAUGUAGAUGAAGUGUUGUAUUAAAUACACCAGAAAUGUAAGUAUAGGUGUUGAUGGCCUAACCACAUUUUAUACAUCCAGUUUUUUUGUUUUUUUUCUGCAGUACAAUUUUAAAGAAAAUAUUUUUGUGACGGUUUACUGAAAGAGUAAAAUUGAUUUCAUUAGUUGUAUUUGUUACAAAUUUUGUAGCUUAAAAAUUGUCUCUUUAGCGUUUUACAGAGUGCUUUUUUUCAUAUCUGGAGGAGAGCAUUUAUAAUGGAAAGUUUCACACUAAUGCAUAACUGUCUCAAAACUUCAGCAGUCAAAAGUAAAUGGGGCACUUUCUGUAAAAUGCCUAUACUCCCAUGCUUUAUCAUAUAAGAAAUAUAUGCCAGAUUUUAAUUUACACACUGUACCGAACACUGAAAAAAUGUCAGUGUUGAUCAUGUUUUAAAAAUAUAUAUCAUAACAUUUAGAUGGAUGUUCAAGACUGUUUUGAAAAAUAAAUAUCUAGUGGGUGUUUCCUAAAAUAUAUAUGAAAUUGAAUAAGAAUGAUGUAGUAUAUUAUUUCCAAAAUAAUUAUAACAUUACAGUAAUUCCUGGUAGUCCAGCCAUGGUACAGUGGCUUGCAAAAGUAUUGA